UCUGACGUCAGCUCUGGGUAGUGGAGAGUGUAAACGCACACACGCCUUUAGUUGGGAAAAGUAGCCCAUCAACUUUCCGUAGAGGAAACGAUUUCAGACGUUUUUUUUUUCUUCCGUUAUCUCUGCUUGCGAGUGGACAAUGCGCGACCCACACAUGUCCGUGUGUUGACAGCGCAGGACACUCCGUGUGUUUAGUGUAUACUACAGUUGUGGUUUUGCCUGACUCACCUAUAGAACGUAGGCCUAAACAGGUAGGCUACGGGAGCGAAAUCCGGAAGAACAAGCACAUCUAAUUGUUCACACUAUUUUCCUCUUACCUCUGCAACUGAACUUCUCCCAAUAACGUUUAUGCAGUUUUGAUCAUUCUUCGGAGAGAGAAGUGUGAAGAUGACGGAACUACCAGUUCACAAGAAAAAUAUGCUGAUUCUAGUUGAUGUUCUCUGUGUGUUUGUCGCGGCCCUUCCGUCAGCGGUCUUGACGUUAAUGUUCAGCCCGUACCAGAGGGGUAUCUACUGUGAUGACGAGAGCAUCAGAUAUCCUUACAGAAGAGACACCAUUUCCCACAGGGCAAUGGCUGCAGUCACCAUCCCCUCCUCCAUAGUCAUAAUAACUACAGGAGAAGCGUAUCUGGUGUACUCCAAGCGUCUCCACUCCAACUCUAACUUUAACCAGUACAUGUCAGCUCUCUACAAGGUGGUGGGGACCUUCCUGUUUGGAGCAGCUGUGAGCCAAUCACUGACUGACCUGGCCAAGUUCACCAUUGGCAGGCCACGCCCUAACUUCCUGUCUGUGUGUAAUCCCACGGUGUGUUCUGGGUACAUGCUGCAACUCAACUGUACCGGCAACCCUCGAAACGUCACUGAGUCCAGAUUGUCGUUUUACUCCGGACACUCUGCCUUCGGGAUGUACAGCAUGCUGUUUCUAGCAUUGUAUGUGCAAGCACGUAUGCAGGGGAAGUGGACUCGUCUGGUCAGACCCACAGUGCAGUUCUUCCUCGUGUCGUUUGCGGUGUACGUUGGAUACACACGGGUUAGCGACUACAAACACCACUGGAGCGACGUACUGGUGGGACUGCUGCAGGGAACUCUCAUCGCUGUGCUCAACGUUUGCUACGUCUCAGAUUUUUUUAAGCUCCGCCCCCCUCCUCGCUGCCCACGAUUGGAGGCGGCUGAAGACGAGCACCUAGAGGCCAAACCUGGCCUGGAUCCAGACACACAACUACACGACAAUCACUACAACUACACAACUACUUCAGCCUGAACACAGACUAACAACUACAAAACAACCACUGCAACUACACAACAACCUCUACACAACAAUCACGGUAACUGUGGGGAAGUGGCGUAGACAGUAAUUUGUUGGUGGGUGAGCCUGCAGAAAUUUUGGUGGGCAAUUAUUAUUAUUUUUUUUUAUGUUUUUGUUUUCGGGGAAAGGAGCUAACUUCCUGCAAUGUUGCCAUUGGGCCAAGAGAGAAAUGUACAGUUUUAUAGCUGUCUAUGAAUUCUAUCUGAUUAUGUUUGCAUGUUUAAGUAAAAAGACGGCAAAUAAUUAUAGCCCGACCCGUAUUGGAUUUUUGGGUCCGAUACCGAUUUUGAGGGAGGGAAAAGUCACAGAUUACCGAUAUAUCUGCCGAUAUAUUGUUUUUUAGAGGUUGAAUGAAAAACAGACCAAAUUGUGCUUCAAAGGAUCAACAGAUACUCUAAAUGAUGAUUUAUUAACUAAAUAUUAUAGUUAACAUUAUUUAAGAACAUUUUAUUUCUGGUUACAGGAGAUCCACGAAAAAGCAAUUAUAUUCUCUAUAAAUACGACAGUGAAUACAAAGCUUGUUUAGUUGACCUUCUUAGGUGCAACUUAAAAAUGUCUAUGGCAGUGGAAAAGAGGUAUGAAAAAGUGUUUGUGCUAAACAACCAUAAGGGUGAGUAGAUUUACUAGUGUUUUACAACAGUCAAAGGUCAUGUAAACAAACACUUUAUGGCAACCUUGCAAUGAGAGUACGUUAUGACAAGCACAAGCUAGCUGUUCAUUACGACAAUGUUUUCUUACAGAAACCAUAUUUACAUAACACUGUUAUUCAAUACAAAAUGUAUUGGCUAUACAUUUCAACUGCAAAUGGCAUGCGCUGAUGACUGAAAAUGUUUAUGCAUGCAAAUUCUUGCUGCACUGGUUUUUGUCACACGUUUUAAUUUCGCGAGCUAACUAACAUUCGCUACUUAUCUCAUAAUGAAUGCAAGCGCGUGGCCUGAAUGAUAGACCUGCGCCAACUGUCUUGUUUAUUGCAGAUUGCAUAUUUCGGAAAACAAACUAAAUUAGCCCACCAGCUAACAUAAUAUGCCCUGACAGUAUCGGUCUUCUUUUUGUAUCAAGGACGAGUGUUCACUUUGGUGCCAGUCCAGUGUUGGCACAUACGUAGCACAGAUUGCUAGCUAGGUAGCUAAGUUUACUACCUUGCUGGCUAGAUAGCUAAGCUAACUACCUUGCUGGCUAGCUAGCCAGCUAACGUUACAAAGUGAGAAUGUGAUGAGGACAGGGCUGCUUGCUUGGUGAAGUGUACUUUUGAUUAUUUACUCAUGCUGGCAAGCUACUCACCGUCAAACCACCAUGUCUACUUUCUCUCACAUUGUGGACUAGGGCUGAAUGAUGUUCAAUGAGCAGCUGGUAGAGUGCCCUCUUUAGGCAACCAUUGAAAAUGGAGCAGACAUAUUUGUUUGUUCUAUGUAUAUAAUAUGGGCACUUUAUCCGUGGAAUAAAGGCAGAUAAAAAUAUUUCUGUGCAAGGCUAAUAUCGCCGAUAAUAUCGGUCUACCGAUUUAUCGGUCGGGCUCUACAAAUAAUGUCCCAUUUGGAACACUGACAAGGAAAGAACAGUAAAAAUAAUAUCUAGAAAGAAAAUAGGUUUUUGCUCCCAGUGGGGGGGCCCACCCAUGCCUACGCCCCUGCCGUGGAGCUGUCUGUGUGAGAAGUGUGUAUAUCAGUGUAGGCUCAUUGUAUUGGUUGGAAUGGAAUAAAUGAAACGGUAUCAAACACAUGUUUGACUCUGUUCCAUUUAUUCCAGUCCAGCCAUUACAAUGAUCCCGUCCUCCGAUAGCUUCUCCCACCAGCCGCCACUGGUGUUUAUGAGAAGAUGUGUAUAACCACUCACGUGCACAUGCAUUUUAACUUUGCAUUUUAUUUUAAUACAAUGUACUAAAAGUAUGGCGGAUGAAACAGUUUUAGCAGAGAGAAAGACUUACUGUGUAGUUCCCUAGAUUUCAAUUAUGCUAACAGGAAACACUGAAACAACAGUUUUACAUUUUUUUAUGAUUCAUUUAUAUUUCCUUUGUGCAGCAGCAUCAACCAGGUCUUCCUGGGGUUUGUAGUUUUUUGAGUGUCCCGUAGUUCUUUUUAACACCCUCUAUUCUAGUUUGUAUUUGUAAAUGAGUUUUUUUUUUGUGUUUGUAAUGCUUUGAUCCCUUUGUUACCUACACUGAAGCUAACCUUCUCACACUUCAUCCAUCAAGACAGCGGUCUCCAAGCCUCGUGCUGGGGAGCUACUGGGCUGCGGGCUUUCGCCCACCACCAACCUACCUGAUUGAACUAGUUGUUAAGACCAUGAAUAGCUGAAUCGGGUGGGUUAGUGUGCUCACCCUGUAGUUCUCCAGGAGGGGGGAAGACCAAUGGUCUGUGGAGUUCAGUGUUAGGCCUACUGAUACAUAACAUGUCUGUAGAAGACAUGCAUGUACAGUAUAUGGAAUGUAAAACACAGUGUUGCAUAAAUAAUUACUUUCUAACUGUUUAUUUCUGUCGUAUCUCUAAGAAUGUAAUACCACUACUAGCCCACUGUGAUGUUUUUUUAAUGUUAUUGACGCAACUUGUAUUAGUUACUCCAGUUUAUUAUAUAUAAAGCUGUGUAUAACCUGCCUACCUGCAUGCGCACACAAUAGGUCCUGUGAGAUCAUGAUGCCAUGUGCUGCCUUUGAAAUGUUAUUGAUAAUCGUCAGUGUGUCAAUGAUCGAGUCACUCACUGAGAUGUUCUCUGAAAAACACAUUACACUUCUGCAAAGGGUUAAUAUAUACACUAUAUGUCCAAAAGUAUGUGGACACCUGCUCGCCGAACAUCUCAUUCCAAAAUCAUGGGCAUUAAUAUGAAGUUGGUCCCCCCUUUGCUGCUAUCACAGCCUCCAAUCUUCUGGGAAGGAUUUCCACUAGAUGUUGGAACAUUGCUACAGGGACUUGCUUCCAUUCAGCCACCAGCAUUAGUGAGGUUGGGCACUGAUGUUAGGCGAUUAUGUCCGGUUUACAGUCGGUGUUACAAUUAAUCCCAAAGAUGUCCGAUGAGGUUGAGGUCAGGGCUCUGUGCAGGCCAGUCAAUUUCUUCCACACCGAUUUCAAUAAACCAUUUCUGUAUGGGCCUCGCCUUGUGCAUGGGGGCAUUGUCAUGCUGAAACAGGAAAGGGCCUUUCCCAAACUGUUACCACAAUGUUGGAAGCACAAUCGCUUAGAAUGUCAUUGAUUUCCCUUUACUGGACCUAAAAAAAACAGCCCCAGGCCAUUAUUCAUCCUCCACCAAACUUUACAGUUGGCACUAUGCAUUGGGGCAGGUAGCGUUCUCCUGGCAUCUGCCAAAUCCAGAAUCUUCCGUCGGACUGUAAGAUGGUGAAGCGUGAUUUAUCACUCCAGAGAACGCAUUUCCAUAGAUCCAGAGUCCAAUUGCGAGCUUUACACCACUCCAGCUGACGCUUGGGAUUGCACAUGGUGAUCUUAGGCUUCGUGUGCUGCUGCUCGGCCAUGGGAAACUCAUUUCAUGAAGCUCCAGACAAACAGUUAUUGUGUUGACGUUGUUUCCAGAGGUAGUUUGGAACGCGGUAGUGAGUGUUGCAACCGAGGACAAGCAGUCCCGUUCUGUGAGCUUGUGUGGCCUACCACUAUGUAGCUGAGCCAUUGUUGCUCCUAGACAUUUCCACUCACAAUAACAGCACUUACAGUUGACUGGGGCAGCUCUAGCAGGUCAGAAAUUUGAUGAACUGACUUGUUGAAAUGGUGGCAUCCUAUGACGGUGCCUUUUCAGUACAGGUCAUUGUUUGUCUAUGGAGAUUGCAUGGCUGGGUGUUCAAUUUAUACACGUGUCAGCACGGGUGUGGCUGAAAUAGCAUAAUCCACUAAUUUGAAGGGUUGUCCACCUACUUUUGGCCAUGUAGUGUAUUUUAUUGUGUUUGUAUCCACACUGUAUUUCUUAAUAAGCUUCUCUAUAACCGAAACUGUAGCUGCAAUCAAAUGUGUUUCUUCUUAAAGGAACAGGGAACUUGAGUUUAUGGAAGUGUUUUUCCUUUAUAAUCUGACAACUCCUGCUGAGACGAAAGUGCAUGCAGAACCACAGAGUUACUGCUGUGGAGGGAUGGAUAAACAGAUGGAAUGAAUGGAUAGGACGCCUUCAACUUCAUGGAUUCAUCCAUGUCAUUCACUAGGACUUUCCCAAUGUUUGUUGGGGUGAUGGCACACCAGACCCAGUGAUGAAGACAUUGCACAUGUUGUCAUAUCUUUAUUUCAAUUUGUUUUAUUUUAUUUCUCUGUGUUGCUUUUUUUGUAGUUUAUGCAUAAAGAUGAACUAAUAUGCCCA